AUGGUCCCUAAAGUCCCUCACGCUCAAACCAGCCGGGACAAUAAAAUGGUCCCUAAAGUCCCCCACACUCAAACCAGCCGGGACAAUAAAAUGGUCCCUAAAGUCCCCCACACACUCAAACCAGCCGGGACAAAAAAUGAGGUGAAGGUGGUCGCGUUGCCAGAUGGUCUCCUGGCCCUCAGUCGUGUCUGGACUCUCAGGGAGUCAACUUUUGAGCAUGACCCUACGCUCUUCGGAAUGCUUCCUACCAACGAGCCUGCUGUAAGCUUAGAUCAAAGUAAACCAUUUGAUAUUUCUGGCAGAAGAUCUUCUUCAGUAGAAGCAUCAUCAGCCCCCUCUUCACCAGCAACUUCAGGUCGAUCAAGCCGAGGUUCUUCCUCCCAGAUAUCUCCAAGUAGGAUCCCUAGACGGAGUUCUAGCAAGGGAAAACCAAACCAACCUGAUAUAGUCGUCUCCACUAAUAAUAGUGUGCUUGUCUCCGCUAGUCCUAGGAUACUCAGGAAAAAUUUCAAGGCAGAAGGUAGAGCUAGGUCUCAUCAGCGCAAACUAAGUAAGAUGGAUUCGAGCAACCCAACCAUAGUAAUAUCAGAGGAUUUGGAAAAGAUUGAAAUGGAGUCGGACAAUGAAGAAUCGGAAACAACGGUUGCUCAUGGUGUAGCUGAACUAGUUGAAGGGUUUGCUCAGGUUGUUGAAAAUGUUAUUCAAGCUGAAUAUCAAGAGGAGAAGGAGGAGAAGGGGGAGAGGGUUGAGACCAUAGGGGAGAUGGUGGAGGUCGAUGAACCUCCUUUCACCAGGGAUGUUGCUUAUAUUUGCGGAGAAGAAACCUAUUGCGAGCAAUUAAUAAAUCAGGUUGGACAUUUUCAUCUUUAGAAUUUUAGUCAUGCGCACCGGAG